AUGCUCUCUCCAAUGCGUGCUCUCGCUCUCGCCACGCUUCUGCCCGCAGUACCAGGAGUUUUACUCGCAGACUCAACCCUAAGCAUCAACGGAAUAACAUACCAAACCCGAGCACACUGGAUGCGCCUCGCGAACGAAGCCUUGAACCAAAUAGCCGAAUCACCGUGCCCAUUCGCAGCCUUCGGAACAGCAAUUGUGAACCACACAGCCUCGGACAAAGGCGAACUGGUUUGUUUAGGAGUCAACGAGAAUGGGAAGACGGGAAAUCCAUCAUUACACGACCCGCAUGGAAAAUACCGCCUGACGGCAGCAGAGGCACAAGAUGCUUUCACUGAUUUGACUUUGUAUACCAAUGCCGAGAGUUGCCCCAUGUGCGCCUCUGCAAUCCGCUGGGCCGGAUUUCGAGAAUACGUAUAUGGAACCUCAAUCGACACUCUCGUCCAGAAAGGAUGGGGACAGAUCCGCAUUUCUUCCAUGGAUGUUUUUGAGGCUUCUUAUGAUUUACCGACUCAAUCGCGGCUGAUGGGCGGGGUUCUUUCAAAUGAGACCGAUCCCUAUUUCCUGUGGCAGUAUGAUCCGUCGUAUCCUUGUCCCAGUGGUUGUUCCAGGAAUGGAGAUGGUUCGAGCUGUACGGUUUCUUCUACUUAG